UGACCUACCCAUGUAACUUCCCCAUUUACUCGUUAUCAGUCUGCUUUGUGGCUGUCGCCUCAACGUGCCUCCCCAUUUUUUUUCUCCGUUGUCUAUUCUCAGAAGAACACUCGGGAGGCCAAGAAAAAGAAAUAAAAUGGAUUUUGGAGAUAUCACGAAAAUUAAACCUACGGGAGCCUCGCGGCAAACAGCACAGCAGGACAAGUUGGGAUACCAAGGAGUAGCUGCAUCACAUGCCAUGGCUCAGACGGAUGAAAAACGAAUGCGCAACUACAAAACCAUCAUCCAAAGUGUGGCACAGAAGUAUAAAAUUGAUGCGGCGCUAAUUGCUGCCAUUAUCUCCAGAGAGUCCAGGGCUGGGAACACAAUUAAGGACACUGGAGGCUUCGGGGACUACGACCCAGUGAGAAAAGCAUAUAAUGCCUUUGGGCUGAUGCAGGUUGAUAUCAAUCCAAACGGAGGAAAUCAUUCUGCAGUGGGCACUUGGGACAGCAAGGAACACCUUGACCAAGCCACCGGCUACUUGAUUGAUUUCAUUGGAAAGUUUCAGACUGACUUUUCGCAGUGGAAAAAAGAAGAGCAGCUAAUGGGAGGGAUAGCAGCCUACAACAUAGGGAACCUGAGAGUGCGCUCCUAUCCUCAUGUGGAUGUCAAUACCACAGGUGGAGAUUAUGCCAAUGAUGUUGUUGCCAGAGCUCAGUGGUACAAAAAAAAUGGCUAUCCUUAAGCUCUCCAACAAGCAGCUGCACCAGACAGUUCCCCAAGGAUCCUGCAUACUGUCUUCAUGGUAGUAUCUGUAAUUCCUAAAUAAAUGCAGUACAACGAAAUAAACAAACGCUUCCCUGAUAUGAUGUGUAG